UCCGCCGCCGCACCAACACAGACAACCUUCACUUCACUUUCACACUCAUUUAACCCCUUACCUCGGACCCCGCCGGCCCGCCGCCGCGCAACACCCAUGCUUUGCCUCCCUGAGAUGCGAUACCACUGCACAAUUUCCCGGAGAAUAUCUUCAUCUUCCGUCGCUCCUCGCUGAUAGAGAGCAUGCCCGACACGGGGGCGGUAGCGGCAGGAGCUGCGACCGCGGCGGCCAGUGGUGCGACCACCGCCGGCGACGGCACCGAGAGCUCCCGGCACAGACACCGGGCGCAGGGAGACGGGGAGCGGGCAGAGGCGAGCGCUGCCCCGCCGCAAACCUCCUCCGGUGUACUUGAUAAGUUGUUUGGGAAGCGGCUUCUCCAGGCUGGGAGGCACAUCAUGUCCCAUAAGUCUUGGAUGAAAACGGUGCCCACAGAGAACUGUGAUGUCCUCAUGACAUUUGCAGACAGUACAGAUGACCACACGUUGCUAUGGCUACUGAACCACAUCAGACUGGGAAUCCCAGAGCUCAUCAUCCAAAUCCGGCAUCAUAAACACACUCGUGUCUACGCAUUUUUCGUCACCGCUACAUAUGAAAAUUUGUUGCGAGGUGCUGAGGAGAUGGGACUGAGGAAAGCUGUGAAGCCAGAGUUCGGAGGAGGAGCACGCAGCUUCUCCUGUGAGGAGGACUACAUCUACGAGAACAUCGAGAGCGAGCUGUGCUUUUUUACCUCACAGGAAAGGCAGAGCAUCAUUAAGUACUGGCUGGAUAAUCUACGUGCCAAACAGGGGGAGGUGCUUCAUAAUAUCAACUUCCUAGAGGGCCAGCCAAUCAUCCCUGAGCUGAGUGCGCGAGGUGUGAUCCAGCAGGUGUUUCCUCUACAUGAGCAGAGGAUCCUCAGUCAGCUGAUGAAGUCUUGGGUCCAGGCCGUUUGUGAGAAACAGCCCUUAGAUGAUAUCUGUGACUACUUCGGGGUGAAGAUCGCCAUGUACUUUGCCUGGCUGGGUUUCUACACUACUUCUAUGCUAUAUCCUGCUGUCAUCGGCUUUGUUCUGUGGAUGCUCACUGAGUCAGACCAGACGAGCCGUGACAUCUGCUGCGUGGUGUUUGCACUGUUCAACGUGGUGUGGGCCACCCUGUUUCUGGAGCGGUGGAAGAGGAGGGGAGCGGAGCUUGCCUACAAGUGGGGAACACUGGACACCCCUGCUGAAUCCCUGGAGGAACCACGGCCACAGUUUAGGGGAGUGAAGCGCUGCAGUCCCAUCACAGGAUGCGAGGAGUUUUACUAUCCUCCGUGGCGGAGACGUGUGUUCAGGUGGCUGGUCAGCCUGCCCAUCUGUAUCCUCUGUCUCUGCUUCGUCUUCCUGGCCAUGCUCAUCUGCUUCGAGCUACAGGAGUUUGUGAUGGGAAUCAAGGAAAUGCCUCGGCUCGCUCGCUUCAUCCCCAAAAUCAUGCUCGCUAUCACUGUGACUGCAUGUGACGAGGUGUACAGGAAAAUUGCCUGCUGGCUCAAUGACAUGGAAAACUACAGACUCCAGAGUGCCUAUGAGAAAAAUCUCAUCAUCAAAAUGGUUCUUUUUCAGUUUGUAAAUUCUUAUCUCAGCCUUUUUUACAUUGGAUUCUACCUCAAAGACAUGGAACGCCUGAAAGAGAUGCUGGCCACUCUGCUCAUCAUUCGCCAGUUCCUCCAAAAUGUGAAGGAGGUGCUGCAGCCUUACCUGUAUGAGCGCCACAAGCUGGGCGAGCUUACACUGCGAGCUGUGUGGGAUCUGCUGCUCUCGGCGCUGCUCAAAUACGCCCGGCUGGCAGCAGGAAAAGCUCAAGCCUCUCCCACCGACCAGACCAUGCCGGGACCCGGCCUGAGGGGUACCAGGCCUGGUGUGGGGCAACCAGAAAGAAGGGAAAAGAAGUGUCUGAACGGGGGAUGCGGGGUGCCUGAUGAGGAGGAGGGAGGUGAGAGGGACGAGGCUGACAGCGGGAGGUUCAGUGAAGGAGAGACGGAGGAGGAGAGCCUGAUAGACUGUGGUUUGAAGCUGAGGAAGGUCAGCUUCAUAGAGAAGGUGGACAGAAGGCCGGCCUGCAGCAGUCCCCAAAUAGAUGAUAGUUUUCUGGAGGAGGGGAGCCCCACCAUGGUGGAGAAAGGAAUGGACCCCGCUUCUGUUUUUGAAAUGUGUGACGACGAUGACGAUAACGGCAUCCACGAUGUGAAGGAGCUGAGUGGAGGUGGGGCAGGAGCGUCUGAAGGCAUCACUGCUGCGGCUGCUGCCACCGGCGCUGCCCCACUGCCCUCUGGGUCUGAGAGCAGCGUGUCACUGCGACACAGGAAAAGGGGUAGGAGCGUGGAGAGGGCAGAGCCGAAGACGAAAAGGGAAUCGUGGAUCGACCCGCCUGAAGAGAGAGAGAGCACCACGCUCACUCAGGCUGAGAUAGAGAGCUGCAUGCAGACUUAUGAGGACACCUUCCAGGACUACCAGGAGAUGUUUGUCCAGUUUGGCUAUGUGGUGCUCUUUUCCUCUGCCUUCCCUCUGGCUGCCAUGUGCGCUCUCAUCAACAAUAUCAUUGAGAUCCGCAGUGAUGCCUUCAAGCUCUGCACUGGCCUGCAGAGGCCCUUCGGACUCAGAGUGGAGAGCAUCGGCCAGUGGCAGACUGCGAUGGAAGUCAUGGGCCUGAUUGCCAUCAUAGUCAAUUGUUACCUGAUUGGUCAGUGUGGCCAGCUCCAGCGUCUCUUCCCCUGGCUCAGCCCUGAGAUGGCCAUCAUCUCCAUCGUCAUCCUCGAGCACUUUGCCAUCCUCCUGAAGUACAUCAUCCAUGUCGCCAUCCCUGACAUUCCUACUUGGGUUGGAGAGGAGAUGGCCAAACUAGAGUAUCAGCGCAGGGAGGCCUUUAAGAAGCACGAGCGGCAGGCGCAGCAACACUACCAGCAGCUGCAGAGGAGGAAGAGGGAGGAGGAAGAGAGGCAGAGGCAGGCGGAGCAUAUGGCCCGCAGGGAGAGGGAACGGGACGACAGUAAGGGUGACUCCUCUGGGGAUCACCACCACGACAAAGGUCAUGGCAGCAAACUACGCCCUGGGGGCGGGGGAGGAGGCAGUGGCGGGUCAGACAAACCCAAGAGACCCAGCUCUCUGCUGGCCAACAAUAAUGUGAUGAAGCUGAAACAGAUUAUCCCACUACAGAGUAAGUUCUCCUCUGGCGGUGCCCGCUCCCCACAGUCGCCCACCGGCAGUGAGCCAAAACUCCCUGGCUUCCUGAGCUUCAAAUUCCUCAAGUCACCUGAGAACAAGAAGGAAGUUGCCGCGGCCGCUGCUUCCACAGCAACCAAUACCACGACGACAGCAUUAUCAUCAUCAUCAUCAGGUAGCGGCUCUCAGGAGCGUUCCCAGUCACCCAGCAAAGCCUUCAACCCUGGGAAACUGUUCAACUUUGGGAAGUCAGAGGGAGGGACCUGUGUGAAUGGGGCACAGCUGCCCAGACAAGGGGAAGGAUCGUCCUCGCAAGGGUCCGACAGACAGCCAUCCAGGUCCGACUUGAACGGGGUCCCAGACGAGAUCCCCUCGCCUGGAGGGGAGGGGUCCGAGAAUGGACAUUCAACAGACUUGGACCCGGCAGGCUCAAAAGCCUAGUAGCGCCAAAGAGAACAGACUCCUCUUUGGUUACAUCUAACCUGAAGAAGUGAGGUGUUUACUGUGAGGAAAGGCCUGACUGGCCUUCCAUGCUGUCACAGGCCAUGUGUAUACGUCCUGGAAGCAGAGAGAGGAAAAGAUGAAGGAGAUGAAAGAUGACUGUUGACUUGUGGUGGUCUGCUUUUUUGCUGAGAGACAAAAAUACAGGCUUUAUAAGAACGACGUAAGCCCUCCUAUCAUGCCCGAAGAAAACACAAACUCACUCCCUUAUGCACACACACACACACACACACACACACACACACACACACGCACACACACACACACACACACACUCAAACCCUUCCUUGUCUGCAAUACAUAAAGAAAUGCAUGAGCUGCGUUUCUGAUAUUUUUAAGCCUUUAAAACGGAGAGCUGUAUUUCUUGAUUUCAUUUAGUCAGAAAUUGUAAGCAUCCUGGUGGUCUGCCACUAGAACUUAACAGUCUGUUUUGGGGGAAGAUUUUUUUUUUUUUUUUUUUUUAAAAGCAUACAGUGGUAUGAAAGAAUCAGAUGUUACAUCAAAUAACUACUGAGAGUGUUCUUAGCUAUCACAAAACAAAUGGUCAUUAGAUAUCUGUCUCAUUUUUAACUGUGAGGGAUUCUUGGGCUCUUCACUUUUAUAUUCGACUGGAAAGAUUGGAAAAGCAAUAUAAAUCAGUGUUUUAAUUACAAACAUGACUGCAAAUCUGAUCAAUCAUAACACAUCAACCACAAGCCCUCCUAAUAAUAAGCACCCCUGAUAUAUCACCAGCUUUAUUUUCAAAGCGGAGGUGAUAUCGGAGCUUUGUACACUUCUUCCCAUCCUGAUGGCAAUAUUAGAUUUGUAAUAAUGUGAUAAUGGCUCUGUAUAUGUCUUUUUGAAGAAAGGGGUGAAGAGUACGUAAAGAAGCACGGCAAGCUGUCACAUAACAGUAUUUCUCCCAAGCGAGAGCUAGGUGGAUGAGAGACAGAUAAAAAAGCAAAACAAACAAACAACAGCAGAGAUGGACAUGAGUGAUUUUUGAGAAUAUGGGAAUACAGAGUAUGGAAGCCUGUUGUGUGCUGUUCCCCAUCCAAGGCUGUAGACGUGGUUUUAGACGAGGAUGGUGCUCCAUUUCCAUGCACACGGCUCUAACUAGACUUGGCAAAUGAGUGUAGAGGUAAAGAAGUAACAUUUGCACUAAACCCUUUACGCCCCGCAGAGGAACACAUCUCUGUCUGCAGGGUGGAGGGCCAACACCAGCCUGCCUCAUAACAUUAUGCAAAAGCUGGAUUGUUUUCUUUUUCUCAUUUCACACUAGAUGCUGGCUUUCCACUUCUUGAACAACAAAGGGAUUUUGCUAAUCAUUCUGAUAAAGCUUAUUUUUUAUUUUUUAAUUUCUUAAUUUUACCGUAGUUGCUCUUAUUUAAGUUAAUCUCCAUGUUGUUUUUGUAUGUACCAUUUUCUGUGCUGCUUUACUGUUUAAUGGAAUUUUACUUUUUUUUUUUUUUUUUUUUUUUUUAACCAAAGCUGUUCUGAUUAUACAGUAGAGCUAAGAUUUAUGUUCUCUUCAUCAUGUACGUCAUUACCAGUAAUGUUCAUGAUACAAUUAUCAGCUGCCAUUCACCACUAUUUCAGUUUUGCAGGGUUUCCAGAGGAUGGUGCCAGAGUGCAUUGAAUUUAUCUGCAUAGCAAAAUAUUUGGGGGAGCCAGUCAUUCUGAUUUAACAGUAUCCAUGACAUCGAUGUCAUAUGUUGCAGUGAAUGCAAAAAAAAAAAAAAAAAAAAUUUGAGAGUUGGGCUGAGGCUUAAAAAUAUUUUGAGAGGGAAAGGUAUCUGGAUAUCCUCUGGGCAUUAGAUAAAGAACACACAUAAACAUAAGAGCAUCAAGAAGUUGCAGAGGCUAUUGCACUGCAUAACAGAGAGACCCAGCUUGGCUCUGCAGUCGCGCUGAGAGAUGGAAACAUUAACUAUGCAUUUCCACACCAUCGCCUCUGGCAAGGAUCUUUGCAAUAACAUUGAAUUGUUGGAAAUUCACCUGUAGUGUUCUGCUCUAGACUGGCCCCUACCAUCACACUGCAUUAUCCCCAGCCAAACUCUAUGCACCUUGUCCUGACACAGUAAACAUCUGCUUGGGUGCCCUCGAUGGUUACUUUCAGUGUUGGCAGAUUCACCAAUCAUGAGCAGUUCUCUCUCAGUAUCCCUUCUGUGUUUCAUGUCUAAUAUGAGGAAAGAAACACAACACAAUUAAAGCGCAUAAUAAUCUCGUCCAUCCUCUGCGUGCACAGAAUGUGUCCAAUCCUGGCGUGUUGAUGACAAUUAUAAGCAAUCAGGUUUCUGUCUUUGUCACUGUCAGUGUAAAUAAAUUUACAGUAAAACUAGUGCACGGUUCAGUUGAAUAACAACAGGACAGAUAAAAAUGUACUUCUGCGAAAAGGCAAAAAAAUAUAUAUAUAUAUGCGAUUCUCUUACUGAGUUAUUGAAUGCAAUAAGGAAAGAGAAACGACAGCCAUUUGUGUGGUCAAAGUGUCAUUUUACUGCCGUUCUGUGUUCUUUUAUGCAUCUGGAAAUCGUUUAUUAUAAAUGUAAAAUGAGAUGCAAGGCCAAGAGAUAUUGAAUAUCUUCAGUGUCUUUGAAUAUCAUUCUCGCAGGCUGGUUAUGUUGUGUAGGGGACACUCCAUCAUGGAGCAGCGUAGUAGAGAUCAAGGCUUUCAUACAGAUGGCUUAGCAGAGCUGAGCAUGCUCUCAUUAACAUCUUUAUUCUUGCAGCAUUUGGAUUUCAGGGAUGGAUGAUGCCAUAAUGCAAUAGACCUCAUGUAUCAUCUUUUCAUCCAUCAUUAUGAAAGGGGAAGUUAGGUCCAAAAUGGGAUUGAGUAAAGUAAGAGAUGAAAUAUGACCAUUUGCUGAUGCUACUGAAACACCACAGGGGAGGUUAGUGCCUCAUUUUAAUUCUUCCUUAUUCAGGGAAAAAAUGUCACAUCAAGUUUAAUUUUAAUGUAUACAGUAGACAUGAGUAGAAUCAGACAAUUUGAUCACCACGUUCACUAUUGCACUCCUGGGAGCAGCAACAAAUUGUCCUUUUCCACAGAUUGUUGUAAAUCCCAAAGUUAAUCUCUGUUAAAAAAAAAAAAAAAAAAAAAAGUGUUGGCUGAGGUAAAUUACUAGUUUGUUGAUAGCUUAAACAGGAGGCAUUUCAUCAAGAGACAUCACCAUCACACUCUUCCCUUAGGCCAAGCACAGGCAUCCCACACAAAAGCAAACCUUCAGCAGCUCUUGAACUGAGGCUCUUCAGCCGUCUCUGAAACACGCUGUCGAGCCGACAGCGGUUCUUAAGUGUUCUGUCUAGAUUUUUUCAAGUGCUGUCAUUCAAAUGUGGAAUCAGAGAAAUGGGAGUGAGUGAGUUCAGUAAAUGUUCUGUUGAUUUGGAUCUGAAGAACGGAUGUGUAGAGGUGAUGCUGUCACCGCAGCCUGACCCGAACCUCAGAGCGAAAGAUAAAGACGUUCUCAUGGAAGCCUCACUUACUGAAAAGACAUCAUAUGCUCUUCCAAUGUACCACUGUACAAAAAAAAAUCUUUUCAAGAAAAAAUACAAUACUGGGAAAUGGGAUUAUUUAUUUCUUUUAAUUUAUUUUGUCAUAUUUUUGUA